CCCGAGCGCGAUCGCCGGAGCCCGCGAUGUGAACGGCGUGGACCAGCGCGCACCCAGGUCCGCAGGCGCCGCGGCCCCUCCUAGCCAGCGCGGCUGCUAAUUGCGAGAGCGGCCUCAUUUGCAUAGGCCGCCGGAGUCCGCUGGAGGCCGGCCAAUCGGCGCGGCCCUCCGCUAAUGGACAUGCAUUAUUCACCAGCCUAAUUGCUCAGCCCCAUGCGCGGCCCGCGCAGCCGCCGCCACCGCCCCGCGCCCCGCGCCCCGCGCCCGCCCGGCCACCCCGCGCCCACCCCGCGCUGUCCCCGCCGGCCACCCCGCUGAUGCCGCUGCCCCGCACGGGGCCGGAGCGCCGCUAACAGCAUGUCUCGGCGCAAGCAGGCCAAGCCUCAGCACCUCAAGUCGGACGAGGAGCUACCGCCGCAGGACGGGGCUUCAGAGCACGGCGUCCCCGGGGACGGUGCUGAGGACGCAGAGAGCAGCAGUGAGAGCCGAAGCGGCAGCGAGGAAACCAGCGUGUGCGAGAAAUGUUGUGCUGAGUUCUUCAAGUGGGCAGACUUCCUGCAGCACAAAAAGACCUGCACCAAGAACCCACUGGUGCUGAUCGUGCAUGACGAUGAGCCAGCGCCGCCCUCCGAGGACUUUCCAGAACCUUCUCCCGCCAGCUCGCCCAGCGACCGCACCGAGAGUGAGGUGGCUGAGGAGGUGGCACCCACGGAGGGCAGCGAGGUGAAGGCUGCUGCCAAGGAGGCAGAGCCCAUGGAUGUGGAGGCAUCUGCAGACAAGGGCCCUCCGGGCCCAGGUGUGGCCCCACCGCCUGCACUGCCACCGCAACCGGAGCCUGCGGCCUUCAGCAUGCCUAGUACUAACGUGACGCUGGAGACGCUGCUCAGCACCAAGGUGGCUGUGGCACAGUUCUCCCAGGGUGCGCGUGCAGGCGGCACGGCAGGGGCUGGUGGCACCGUGGGCGCUGUGGCCAUCCCCAUGAUCCUGGAGCAGCUGGUGGCACUCCAGCAGCAGCAGAUCCACCAGCUCCAGCUCAUCGAGCAGAUCCGCAGCCAGGUGGCCCUGAUGAGCCGCCAGCCCGGGCCUCCACUGAAGCCCUCUGCCGGUGCCCCCGGAACAGCCUCGGUGCAGCUUCAGGGCCUGGCUCCGCAUACGGCCCUCCAGCUUUCCACUGGACCUGCCUCUGCCUCUGCCGGCUCGGGCUCCACCCUGCCAGCGGCCUUCGAUGGCCCCCAGCACCUGUCCCAGCCUGCAUCUGGCACAAGCACCCCUUGUAGCUCCAGUGCUGGCCCCACCGAAUCUGGGGCACACCCAGCCUGUAGCACUGGCCCGGCUCCAGGAGCCGUGGCUGCAGCCUCCACUGCGGUGGGCAACACGGUGCAGCCCCAGAAUGCAUCUACACCCCCUGCCCUGGGCCCUGGGCCCCUCCUCAGUUCAGCCUCCAGUCUGCCAAACCCUCUGCUACCUCAGACUUCAUCCAGCAGCGUCAUCUUCCCCAACCCGCUGGUUAGCAUUGCUGCCACAGCCAAUGCGCUGGACCCCCUGUCAGCUCUUAUGAAGCACCGCAAGGGCAAGCCCCCUAAUGUGUCAGUGUUCGAGCCCAAGGCCAGCGCCGAGGACCCUUUCUUUAAGCACAAGUGCAGGUUCUGUGCCAAGGUCUUCGGCAGCGACAGUGCCCUGCAGAUCCACUUGCGCUCACACACAGGGGAGCGGCCCUUCAAAUGCAACAUCUGUGGGAACCGCUUCUCCACCAAGGGCAACCUGAAGGUCCACUUCCAGAGACACAAGGAGAAGUACCCCCACAUCCAGAUGAACCCCUACCCUGUCCCGGAAUACCUCGACAACGUGCCCACCUGCUCCGGCAUCCCCUACGGCAUGUCCCUGCCCCCAGAGAAGCCAGUGACCACCUGGCUGGACAGCAAGCCGGUGCUGCCCACUGUGCCCACAUCAGUAGGGCUGCAGCUACCCCCCACUGUCCCUGGCACCCACAACUACACGGACUCCCCUAGCAUCACCCCCUUCAGCCGUUCCCCACAGAGGCCCUCUCCAGCAUCCAGCGAAUGUACCUCUCUGUCUCCGGGCCUCAACAAUACAGAGCCUGGAAUCCCAGUGAGGCCCGAGUCGCCCCAGCCGCACCUUGGUGGGCCUUCCCUUCCUAAAACCGAGCCGGUCAGCCUGCCUUGCACCAGUACAAGGACGGGGGAUGCUCCAGUGGUGGGUGGGCAGGUCAGCGGGUUGCCCACUCCAGCUGCCACCACUGUGACAGACAGCGCCUGCGCAAGUCUGGGUAGCCCUGGUCUUCCGGCUGUUUCUGACCAGUUCAAGGCCCAGUUUCCUUUCGGCGGGCUGCUUGACUCUAUGCAAACGUCAGAGACCUCCAAACUGCAGCAGCUGGUGGAGAACAUCGACAAGAAGAUAACGGACCCGAACCAGUGCGUCAUCUGCCACCGCGUGCUGAGCUGCCAGAGUGCCCUGAAGAUGCACUAUCGGACGCACACAGGGGAAAGGCCCUUCAAGUGCAAGAUCUGUGGCCGCGCCUUCACCACCAAAGGCAACCUGAAGACGCACUUUGGGGUGCACCGUGCGAAGCCCCCCCUCCGGGUCCAGCAUUCCUGCCCCAUCUGCCAGAAGAAGUUCACCAACGCGGUGGUGCUCCAGCAGCACAUCCGCAUGCACAUGGGGGGGCAGAUCCCAAACACACCCCUGCCCGAGGGCCUCCAGGAGGCCAUGGACGCGGAGCUGCCCUCGGAUGAGAAGAACGCGGAGACCCUCAGCAGCUUCGACGACGACAUUGACGACAACUCCAUGGAGGAGGACUCGGAGCUGAAGGACACGGCCAGUGACUCCUCUAAGCCACUCCUCUCCUAUUCGGGGUCCUGCCCACCCUCGCCCCCAUCAGUCAUCUCCAGCAUUGCUGCCCUCGAGAAUCAGAUGAAGAUGAUCGACUCCGUCAUGAACUGCCAGCAACUGACCAGCUUGAAAUCGGUGGAAAACGGGUCUGGGGAAAGUGACCGCUUGAGCAAUGAUUCCUCAUCAGCGGUGGGUGACCUAGAGAGCCGUAGUGCGGGCAGCCCUGCUCUGUCUGAGUCUUCGUCCUCCCAGGCUCUGUCACCCGCUCACAGCAAUGGUGAGAGCUUCCGUUCCAAGUCACCAGGUCUUGGCCACCAGGAGGAUGCACAGGAGAUCCCUCUGAAGACUGAAAGGCUGGACAGCCCACCCCCCGGCCCAGGAAAUGGAGGUGCCCUGGACCUGACAGCGGGCCACCCUGGGCGGCCACUCAUCAAGGAGGAGGCCCCUUUCAGCCUGCUGUUCCUGAGCAGAGAGCGGGGUAAGUGUGCGAGCACUGUGUGUGGUGUCUGUGGCAAGCCCUUUGCUUGCAAAAGCGCGUUGGAAAUCCACCACCGCAGCCAUACCAAGGAGCGGCCAUUUGUCUGCACGGUCUGCAGGCGAGGCUGCUCCACUAUGGGUAACUUAAAGCAGCACUUACUGACACACAGAUUGAAAGAGCUGCCUUCUCAGGUGUUUGACUCCGACUUUACUCUAGGUCCCAGCCACAGCACGCCUAGCCUGGCCUCCAGCCCUGCGCCCACCAUGAUCAAAAUGGAAGUCAACGGUCACAGCAAGGCCAUCGCAUUGGGUGAGGGCCCAGCCCUGCCAGCUGGAGUCCAGGUCCCUACUGGGCCCCAGACAGUGAUGAGCCCUGGCCUGGCACCCAUGCUGGCACCCCCACCACGCCGGACACCCAAGCAGCACAACUGUCAAUCAUGUGGGAAGACCUUCUCCUCGGCCAGUGCCCUGCAGAUCCACGAGCGCACCCACACUGGCGAGAAGCCCUUCGGCUGCACCAUCUGUGGCAGGGCCUUCACCACCAAGGGAAAUCUCAAGGUACACAUGGGCACCCACAUGUGGAACAAUGCGCCUGCGAGGCGUGGCCGCCGCCUGUCUGUAGAAAAUCCCAUGGCCCUGCUCGGUGGGGACGCUCUGAAGUUCUCAGAGAUGUUCCAGAAGGACCUGGCAGCUCGAGCAAUGAAUGUUGACCCAAGCUUUUGGAACCAGUAUGCCGCGGCCAUCACCAACGGGCUGGCCAUGAAGAACAAUGAGAUUUCCGUCAUCCAGAACGGAGGCAUCCCUCAGCUCCCAGUAAGUCUAGGAGGAGGUGCCAUCCCACCUCUGGGCGCCAUGGCUGGCGGGGUGGAAAAGACACGCACUGGCAGUAGCCCACCCAUUGUUAGCUUGGACAAAGCGAGUUCAGAGACAGGAGCCAGCCGGCCCUUCACAAGGUUCAUUGAGGAUAACAAGGAAAUUGGAAUAAACUAG